GGCCGCUAUUUCUGGUGCUCGUUCCCGCGAGGGGACAGCGGGAAUGUCACCGUGUCCCCCCCGGGGGGCUCUCUGCUCCCACCCUGGUGUGAUGGAGCCUGGGCGGCGGCAGGACCUCCGUCCCCUCUGUCCCCUCUGUCCCCUCUGUCCCCUCUGUUCCCAGCGGGGACGGAGGUGAUGGCACGGCAUGGCCGGUGUCCCCUUGUCACCCCAGGGACAGCGGGGGUUGGAGCUGCUGCUGGUGGCAGCUCCUGGCACUGUCACCCGGUACCACUGAGCCCCCACAGCCCCUGCCCUGGCCGGGUCACCACCCCAGUGUCCCCAGAGCCCCCGCCCUGCCCGGUGUCACCCGCGUGUCCCCGCAGGCAGGACAUGGACUCCAUGUUCGAGGACGACAUCAGCAUCCUGACGCAGGAGGCGCUGGGGCCGGACGAGGACUGGCUGGACAGCCCCAACACCGACCUGUCGGGCGAGAUGUGCUCGGCCUCGCACCUCGCCCUCAUCACCGCCUACGACGACAUCAAGAACCGCCUGACGGGGCUGGAGAGGGAGAACUCCACGCUCAAGCGCCGCCUCAAGAUGUACGAGGUCAAGUACCCCCUGAUCGGCGAGUUCGGCGAGGAGCACAUCUUCUCCCUCUACGAGGCCAAGGAGAACUCGCUGCUCAAGAGCGAGAAGGCGUCGCUGCAGCAGCAGCUCAACCAGUUCCAGCACGAGCUGCAGAAGAGCAAAGAGCGGGAGGAGCAGCUGGAGGAGAUGAUCCAGGCCUACGAGAAGCUGUGCGUGGAGAAGGCGGACCUGGAGACUGAGCUGGGAGAGAUGCGGGCGCUGGUGGAGACGCACCUGAGCCGCAUCCGGAGCCUGGAGCAGCAGCUGCGGCAGCGCGACAGCGGCGCCUUCCCCGGCCUGGGCGCCCAGGACGUGCCUUUCAUGGCCCUGCACGCCAACCCCGGCCUGAGCCACGUGCUGGAGCGCGCCGGGGGCUGGCAGAGCCGCGGGCUGGAGGCCGAGCUGGAGGCGGCGCGGCAGGAGAACCAGCGCGCCCAGCACCGCGAGGAGCACCUCAAGGCCGAGUGCGAGAGGCUGCAGGCGGAGCUGAAGCACCUGCAGGACACCCGCGAGCAGGAGCAGUCGGAGCGGGACAUGGCCUGGGUGAAGAAGGUGGGCGACGACCAGGUGAACCUGGCGCUGGCCUACACGGAGCUGACGGAGGAGCUGUGCCGCCUGCGCAACCUGAGCUCGCUGCAGAGCCAGAUCCUGCGGGCGCUGCUGCAGGACAAGAGCCUCAACGGGGGCCAGCGCCACUCGCCGCUGUCGCAGUGCCACUCCCCGGCCCAGCAGCGCCGCUCGCCCGCCCCGCAGUGCCCCUCGCCCGCUCCUCCGGGCCGCUCGCAGUGCCAAUCCCCCGCCCUCCAACGCCGCUCGCCGGGACCCCCCAGCCAAUCUCCGGCCCAGCAGCGCCGCUCGCCCGCCCCCGGCCCGUGCCAGUCGCCGGCCCAGCAGCGCCGCUCGCCGGUGCCGCCGCCCAGCCAGUCCCCGGGCCAGCAGCGCCGCUCGCCCGCGCCGCCGCCGCCGCCCUGCCCCGCUCCGAGCUCGGCGUCCCCGCACCGCCUGCCCGGCGAGAGGAUGGAGCUGGCCUACGCCAAACCCUCGAGCCGCCACAUCAAGGCCGGCUUCCAGGGCCGCCGCAGCUACUCGGAGGUGACCAACGUGGCCCUGUACCAGCAGAGCCGCUCGCUCUGGCUGCAGCCCGAGGCCUCCACGCUGCCCAAGCACCGGCCCUACGGCGAGGUCUAUUUAGGGGGCGCGGGGGCCCCGCUGAGCGCCCACGAGCCCUUCGAGGAGCACGUCCGCUUCGAGAAGCAGUCGUCGGACGAGGAGGAGUGGGCGCUGCCCAGCCCGCCCAGCCCCGAGGCCGGCGCCAUCCGCUGCGCCUCCUUCUGCGCCGGCUUCCCCGCGCCCGACGCCGACGCCGCGCACCGGACGGCGGCCGCCUACGCCCGCGCCGAGCACGCCCAGUCCUGGCCUUCCAUCAACCUGCUGCUGGAGACGGUGGACUCGGAGGUGCGGAGCUGCCCGCUGUGCCAGCUGGCCUUCCCCAUCGGGUACCCGGACGAUGCCCUGGUCAAACACAUCGACUCGCACCUGGAGAACAGCAAGAUCUGAGCCUCGCCCCCUUCCCCACCUUUGGAUGCUGCAUGGAAACACACCGGGAGCGCCCGGCUCCCGAAAUACCUCCAAGUCUUCAGUAGCUACGGAAAGACUGAGCCCCCCGCCCUCACCCGGAGCCCCCCGAGCCCCCGGCCCUCUUGGACCGGGUUCACCCCCGUGCCCGGGGUACCAGGAUCACCCCCGGAGCCCCCCGAGCCCCCGGCCCGCUCGGAGCGGGUCCAGCCCCGCCCGCCUCACUCCCGUGCCAGGCUCGGGUGCUCCACUCGGGGUACCAGGACCACGCCGUGCCAGGCGGUGGCCGGAGUGGCCCGUCUGUGCCCCUGGGUGUCCUCUGUCCCCUCGAGUGCCGCUGCUCGAUCUCAGGGAGGAUCCGAGGGGCCGAGUCCCGGGUCCGGCCCCCAGGAAGGAGGAGAGGGGAGGGGGCCGCAGGUGGGAGCGGGGGCAGCUGCUCCUUCUCGGUCCCCUUUGCCCCGUCCCGCCGGUUCAAGCGUCUUUCCUCUCUUUUACAUUAAAAGCACCCCCCCCCCCAAAUUUCCCCCCUCCCCACAACGAUGCUGCUGAGAAACGAGCCCGGAGGAGCAGCACGGACCCCCCCACCCCCCAACAUUGCACUGGGCUCCCUGGGGCUCCCCCCGACCCCCCCGCGCGGCGUGGGGACAGCGCAGCCCCCCCGAACCCCGCUUUAACCGGGGGCUGCAGGCGGCUGCUCCCCUGAGCCCCCCCCGUCACCCCCGUCCCCCCACGUUCGAUCUACCUCAAAGCCGCCGGGAGGGGGGGGCGCAGCGCUGUCCCCCCUCCCCAGCCGCUCGCGCUGCAUGUCCCCCCCGUGUCACAGCGCACACCCCCAACCCCCCAAA